AUGUCAUCUCAAGAGAAGCUAGUCACAAAAGAACGAGGAAAUUGGUCAAAUCCAAUCGAAUUUAUUUUAUCAUGCAUGAAUUUUGCAAUUGGCUUAGGAAAUGUUUGGCGCUAUCCUUAUCUAGCUUAUAGAAAUGGAGGAGGUGCCUUCUUAAUUCCAUAUCUCCUAGCUGCUAUUUUCAUUGGAUUGCCGGUGUUCUUUGCUGAACUGAUUAUUGGACAGUACAGUGGAUUGGGGCCUACAAAAGCUUUUGCAUAUUUGGCACCAUUCUUUCGAGGAAUUGGAUACAGCUCAAUUGUUGUAAAUUCCUUGCUACUGACCUACUAUUUUGUGGUUCUUGCCUGGAUUUUCUACUACUUUUUCAACUCAUUCUUUCCCACACUCAAGUGGGGUACCUGUAAUAAUGAAUGGAACACAGAUAAUUGCUACAGCUUAGUAGCUGAUAUAGCAUGCCAAGAAGGAAAUUUUGGAGAUCGAAAUGAUACAAUAUUCUAUCAGGAUAAAUGUCAAACUAUUAGUGCAAUUUGCUCACCAAAAAAUCUUAUUCCAAUAAAUGCAUCGUUCUGUAUGAAUGGAACUGAAUAUACACAUUUAAAUGACAUUAUAGUGAGGAAGCUUUCGACAGAAGAAUUCUUCUACGAGCAUGUUUUGGGCAUUGGAGAUGCAACUUGGUACAACUAUGGAUAUCCUAGAUGGCAAAUUGUUAUCUGCUUGUUCCUGGCAUGGAUGCUUUGUGGUUUAGCAGUCAUUAAUGGUGUCAAAUCAGUUGGAAAAGUCGUUUAUUUCACAGCAACUUUUCCAUAUGUCAUCCUUACUGCUAUUCUUAUUAGAGCAUUGACACUUCCAGGAUCGUUUGAUGGAAUUACUUUUUAUAUAUCUCCAGAAUGGGACAAAUUGUUAGAACCUUCAGUUUGGGGUGAUGCUAGUAGUCAAAUUUUCUACUCAUUCAGUUUGGCUUUUGGAGCUUUGGUUACACUUUCGUCUUAUAAUAAGUUUAAUAACAAUUGUCAUUUUGAUGUCACAAUAGUCACAGUCAUAAACUACUUGACUGCUUUAUACAACGGCUUUGCAGUGUUUGCAAUUCUCGGAUUUUUAGCACAUGCCAUGGAUGUGGAUAUUUCAGUUGUUGCUCGCUCAGGUCCUGGAUUAUCAUUUGUAACCUUCCUGGAAGCCAUUUUACUAAUGCCUGGAGCUAAUGUUUGGUCCGUCUUGUUCUUUUUUAUGAUGAUAAUCCUUGGACUAGGUUCAACAUUUGCUGCAGUCCAAUUAGUAACGACAACAAUCUUUGAUCAAUGGCCACAUCUGCGGAAGAACCAAUUUUUGGUGAUUUUCGCGGUUUGCUUUACUGGCUUUUUGAUGGGAAUUCCAAUGACAUGUCCUGGUGGAAUCUUCUUAUUCACACUUUUGGAAUAUCAUACAGCAAGUUGGGCUAUCUUCAUAAUUGGCUUUGGUAUCGUCGUCUCAUUGUCAUGGUCUUAUGGAGUUAAUAACACACUUGACAUGGUUUCUGAAAUGGGAAUGACAUUAUGGAAUGUUGUAAAGCACUACUGGCGAGCAACAUGGGUCGUCAUUACUCCAAUCUAUAUUAUUGGCAUUUUCAUCUUUGUUCUGACUGGAAUUGAACCCACUAAGUUUGAAGAUUACGUCUUUCCAGUGUGGGCUGAUGUUCUUGGUUGGAUGUUUGGAUUGUCAACCUUACUUCCAUUUAUAAUUUUUGCAAUUAUUGAAUUAGUCAAAGCUGAGGAUAAGAUGAGUGUGUUUAGACCUACAAGACUUUGGGGACCACAAGAGAUUAAUGGUCAAAAAGUUGACAGAGCAACAAUGACUUAG